AUGGAAAGGCCUACAGAAAUUCACUUGAAUGCAGCUAAGAAGGUGAUCAGAUACAUAAAGGGUACAUUGGAUCUUGGCAUUUUAUACAACAGAGGAAAUGAAGGAAAUUUGGUUGGCUUUACAGAUAGUGAUUAUGCUGGAGAUCUUGAUGAUAGAAGAAGCACUUCUGGCUAUGUUUUUAAAUUGGGAAAAGGGGCUGUGGCUUGGGCAUCUAAGAAGCAACCUAUUGUAACACUAUCUACUAUAGAAGCUGAGUUUGUAGCUGCAGCAUUGUGUGCUUGUCAGGCAGUGUGGAUGAAAAGACUGCUUAAAACAUUGUUCUAUUCUCAUAAUGAGUGUAUUACUUUGUUCUGUGAUAACUCAUCUACCAUAAAGCUUGCUAAAAUGCAGUGUUACAUGGUAGAAACUGCAGACAUAAUGACGAAAGCAUUGAAGUUGGAGUCAUUUGAAAAACUCAGGGUAAAACUUGGAAUUUGCAGGAUGCAGAAGGGGAACAUUUUGAGAUGGUGCAUAGCGGAUGAGCAAAUGCCAGAUGAUGUGUUACGAAGGGCUCUUAAUUGGGCUUGUUCACAUGGUGCAGAUUGUAGAAAGAUCCAGCCCAAGCAAGCAUGUUUCUGGCCCAAUACUGUUAAGGCCCAUGCUUCAUAUGCCUUCAACAGCUAUUACCAAAGGCAAAAGCACAAACACAACAGCUGCCAUUUCAAAUCUGCUGCCUUUGUUACUGAAAUUAAUCCAAAGGGGAACAUUUUGAGGUGGUGCAUAGCAGAUGAGCAAAUGCCAGAUGAUGUGUUACAAAGGGCUCUUGAUUGGGCUUGUUCACAUGGUGCAGAUUGUAGAAAGAUCCAGCCCAAGCAACCAUGUUUCUGGCCCAAUACUGUUAAGGCCCAUGCUUCAUAUGCCUUCAACAGCUAUUACCAAAGGCAAAAGCACAAACACAAUAGCUGCCAUUUCAAAUCUGCUGCCUUUGUUACUGAAGUUAAUCCAAGUCAUGGUUCAUGCAGAUUUGAAGUUAUUCCUUAA